AUGUAUAUACUACUCAGUAGUAUCAAAAUUCAAAACAAGAAUACUGUUGGUGUUGGUGUUGGUGUUGGAACACAAUUUCACAACAAGAUAAUUAGUAGAUUAUCGACGGACACAAAAGACAUUGUGAGAAAUUUCAGCGUGCCCAUUGAAAAUGAUAAUCUUAAUAGUGUGCCCAUUGAAAAUAAUAAUCUUGAUAGUGUGCCAAUUGUUGAUGAAGUUAAUAAUGAUGAUGAUGCCGAUGAUGAUGAUGAUAAUGUUGAUUAUGAUAUAUUUGAUCCAAGAAAUUGGGAUCGUCUUCAACCUAAACUGAUUGAUUUAUUAGUUGUGAAAUGUCCUAAAAGAGAUAAUUCUGUUGUGAAGGGUCCUAGAGAUAGUUUGAAUAGAUGUUUUACGACUAAUUUGUAUACUAGAGCUUUAGCAAAUGGAGAGGUGUGUGAUAGAGAUUGGCUUGUUUAUUCGAAAGAGCUUGAUAGAGUAUUUUGUUUUUGUUGUAAAGUUUUUAAAAAUGGGAUUGUUAGGGGACAAUUAGCAAAUGGGGGUUAUAGUGAUUGGGUACAUGUUGGUGAAAGAAUUAAAGAGCACGAGUUAGGCAUGGAACAUGUUAAAAAUAUUACUACUGUCUUUCGUGGUUCUAAGGAGAAAUUGUACGAAGAUAGCAAUGGAAACUUUUUGGGUUUGAUUGAAAUGUUAGUUGAAUUUGACCCAAUCAUCCAAGAACAUGUUAGCCGUGUUACAACUCAAAAAGUUCAUAUUCAUUAUCUUGGGCGUAACAUACAGAAUGAGUUGAUUUCAUUGCUUGGUUCUGCGAUUAAAAUUGAAAUCAUUAGAAAAAUCAAACAGGCAAAGUAUUUUUCAGUGAUACUUGAUUGUACUCCUGAUGUUAGUCACCAAGAGCAGAUGUCUUUGAUAAUAAGAUAUGUGGAUGUUUCUUCAGCUUCUGUUAGUAUUGAGGAAUCAUUUUUAGGAUUUUUGAAUGUGAAUGAUACAUGUGGUCAGGGGUUUUUUGAUGUUUUACAAAAUGAAUUGAAAGAACUCGGUCUCGACCUAUUUGACGUGAGAGGGCAAGGUUAUGAUAAUGGGUCCAAUAUGAAAGGAAAACACCAAGCUAGGAUUUUUUUUGGAGUUGUUCAGCGCAUUUAUACAAUUUUUGCCAAUUCUACUAAGAGAUGGCAAAUUUUGAAAGAUAAUGUAAAAGUGUUGACUCCAAAAUCAUUGUCAUCCACUCGUUGGGAGAGUCGUGUAGAAAGUGUCAAAGUUAUAAGAACUCAAAUGUUAGAAUUUACAGAAGCUUUGCUUGAAGUGUCAGAAAAUGAUCUUGAUCCUAAAAUACAAAAUAAAGCUAAAUCCUUAACAACAAAUGAGCUUGGUGAUUUUGAGUUUUUGAUGGCUAUAAUUAUUUGGUUUGAAAUAUUAUCUGCAAUUAAUUCUGUUAGCAAGCUUUUACAGGAAAAGGAUAUGCUUAUUGAUGUUGCUAUGCAAAAAAUUAAGGGGUUGAUUUCGUAUUUUGAGGGAUAUAGAGAAAUAGGUUUUUAUAAGGUAUUGAUUAACGCUAAGAAAAUUGCGGUGGAAUUGAAUAUUUCCCCAAUAUUUCCUCAAAGGCGUAUAAUUAAAAGAAAAAGGCAAUUUGAUGAGAAUUUGAAUAUCCCAUCAGUCGAGCUAUCAAAAGUAGAAUCAUUCAGGGUUUAUUAUUUUCUUUACCUUGUUGAUCAAACUGUUGUUUCUCUUAAUAAGAGGUUUGAGCAAUACCAAGAGUAUGAAAGUAUUUUUGGUUUCUUGUUUACUUCUCACAAGUUACAAUCAUUAGAUGAUGCAACUUUGAAGUCUUGUAGUACUAACUUUGAGCAGACAUUGAAACAUAAUGAGCAAUCUGAUAUUGAUGAGAAUGAAUUUUUUGCAGAGUUGAAGUUACUAAGAGAAAUGUUGCUUGAAGAAAGCAUAAGACCUACUGAUAUAUUAUUAUUUUUAAAAGGCUUGGAUUGUUUUCCUAAUACAGUUAUUGCAUAUAGAAUCUUAUUGACUAUUAUUGUGACAGUUGCUUCUGCAUAA